AAGCAGUGCUCUGACCAAGGAUGCAGCGUUACGCACGCGCACAAGGUUACUGCGGGGCGGGACCUGGGGAGAAGCCCGGAACGAUGUGGGCGUGGCUGAGUUACGUCAUUUAUUCCCAGGUUCGGACCUUCUUGGGGAUUGGAUCUCGUGCGACCUCUAUCCUUGUCCCCAUCCCACUGAUAACUGUUCCAACGGCCUUUCUCGCCCCAGUCAUGGUGCAAGAACAGAUUAAGGAUGUCGUCUCUAGGACUGUGUACAGAGGCUCAGGAGCGGCCCCUCCGAGUAAGCCUUCUGAGAAUACUGAACAUAAAAAAAGAAGAAAACAGGGUCUGCGUUCCGGACUUUGCGGUCCUUUAAGGUUGGACGCAAUCCUCAAUGCCCCGCCUCCUUAGUGGUGACGACAUCAGAAGGCGUCCUGAGGCGUCAGAGAUGCUGGACUCGUUGUUGGCCACCGGUGGUUUGGUGCUUCUUCGAGAUUCCGUGGAGUGGGAGGGGCGUGGUCUCCUGAAGGCUCUUAUCAAGAAAUCUGCACUUCGUGGGGAGCAAGUCCACGUUCUGGGCUGUGAGGUGAGUGAAGAAGAGUUUCGCGAAGGUCUCGGCUCUGAUGUCAACAGCCGCCUAGUUUACCAUGACCUCUUCAGAGACCCUCUGAACUGGUCACAACCUGGGGAAGCUGCUCCUGAAGGACCUCUAAAAGCCUUGAGAUCCAUGUGCAGAAGGACAGACCGUGGCUCUGUCACCAUCGCCCUUGACUCUCUCAGCUGGCUGCUAUGUCACAUUCCCUGUGUUACACUCUGUCAAGCCCUACAUGCUCUGAGCCAGCGAAAUGUAGACCCAGGUGCAGGGUCUGUUUUCGAGGGUUUUCUGGAAUCGAGAACAUCUGCCUCCACUGCUAGAGCUCUAGCAUACACCUAAAUUAAGAGAGCUGUGAGGAUUUUGUUUGGAUUACAUUUUUUUGUGUGAUUCUUGUCUGCACAUACUUCUGUGCACCGUGCGCUUGCCUGGUGGAGGAUGUGCAGGGUCUGGCUGGGCAGAGAGGAUGGUCCACCCUGAGCGUCUGAUCUGCUUUUGCCUCCUGGCUGAGUACAGGCCUGUACUUCCAUGCAGUGUACAGGGCGCUAAGGCUGGAGGCCAGGGGUGAUGUGAGCCAGGCAGCUGUGCUCAAUAGCUCAUUCCUCCUUUAACAAGUAUAACAAGUGCAUCAUCAGGUACAAUUUUAAAUAAUGGAAAAGCAAAGGCUGACCUUUCAGGUCAUAAAAAAUAUAAAAAAGUAAAUGGCUGGAAAUAAAUUCCACACUUACAAAGGUCUAGCUGCGUUCUCAGGAUCACACAAACUGGACGAGGCAGGUGUUUACACCUGUAAUCCGGAACUUAGGAGGUGGGGGGUUCCUCUACUAAGGAACAACCUAAGAGUACUAAAGAAAAUAAAUAACUAAAAGUGAAAGGGAGCCAUUAUAAGAUGGUCUGACAGGGGAUGUAAGGCAGAGGGAUUGUUUUGAUAUGUGCACUGAUCCCUUGAGAAAGGAUCUUAUCUCAAAGAGCAGGGAUCAGCCAGACAAAAUGUGGCCAGAUAGGAGCCUGGAGCGGCUCUAUAGAUACAGGAAAAUCUUAUGGGGGUGGGGGGAUGUGGUUGUGAAGGCCUCUAGUCCUUGUACUAGGGAAGCAGAUCAGUUCUAGGUCAUCUUUAGCUUUACUGUGAGUUCAGAACCAUCCUGGACAACAUAAGACCCUGUCUCAAAAAAAAGGAAGUGUUGGGAAUAUGAUAGCUUUAGGAUAAGCCAGUUGAAAUUGUUGUAUAGUUUGAUCUGAAAUGCUGACCUAUGGGCUGGAGAUGGCUCAUUGGUUAAGAGCACUGGUUGCUCUUCCAGAGGUCCUGAAUUCAAUUCCUAGCAACCACAUCAUGGCUCACAACCAUCAGUAAUGGGAUCUGAUGCCAUCUUCUGGUGUCUGAAGACAGCUACAAUGUACUCAUAUAAAUAAUAAAUCUUUUUUUUAAAAAAUGCUGGCCUGGGGGUUGGGGAUUUAGCUCAGUGGUAGAGCGCUUGCCUAGGAAGCACAAGGCCCUGGGUUCAGUCCCCAGCUCUGAAAAAAAGAACAAAAAAAAAAUGCUGGCCUAUAUAAAAAAAUCAAAUGUUGAGAGCUGGGGGGAAUGGCUCAGUGGUUAAGAGCACGUGCUGCUUUUUCAAUGGACUGCAAUUUGGUUCCCAACACCUACAACUACCUGCUUCUCCAGUUUUAGGAGAUCAAGUACCAACACCCUCUUCUGACCUCUGGAUACUCAUACACAUCAAUAAAAAUAAACUUGUUUGAUUAGA